AUGGGAACCGUCAUCAACGGCGGACUCGUCGUUGUCGUCGUCGGUGACGCGUACGAGCUGGACGAAAGUAUCUACAUGGCCUCCAAUAUUUACCGUCAUCGGCACAAGUCGGGUAGUGGCCAUUCCCCGGUAUCUAAAGCCAAUCUCACCUCCUCCUUGAUGGAGUUCAAGGCUGUUGGGAUUGCGACGUUUUUAAUGGCCGUUGGGGCCGUAACAGUUAUGUGGAGUGUAAAGAGCGCGCUUGGGGUUAACGACGCACAAGAGUUUGGCGAAAGGAUCAUCUACCGACCAGCUGCAACUGACGAAGAUUACCUUGAUGCUUAUGAAGUUGUGCCAUUCGAGGCGGAGGGUUGGACGUGGGUGGAGGCUGAGAAGAGGCUUAUGAUGAGGUGGGUAUUUGUCCUUGCCUCCUUGUGCACUUUGAGAAGGAUUAUCAGAGCAGCCGACGAACUGCUCUGGCGAAAAGUCAUACUCUCCUACCCCGAACUUUGGAGUCAUAUGAUCUUAUUGAAGGUGCCUCAGACUUAUAUUGUGAUGGGCGGUGCUUUACAGUCGGACUCUGCAUUUUCCCCAUCUAAGUUCGUCAAGCAGCGAAGAAUUCCAGGAAAUGAAGCAUCCUCGGCUGACAAAUUUUUGGGUAGCCUUUAUGGCAGAUUUAGCUGGGUAACCUCAGCACCCAACACCAGAAAACCAUACGCGAUCUACAUGUCUCCCUUAACAGCCCUUCCAGUGUCGCCAUCGCUCGAAGUUAGUGGCCGGCUGUCUCUAUUGAUUCUCAACGUAUUCUCUCGCACACCCACAUUCGCUCACUCCGCCAAUGAAAGUCGAUUUUGCAGUUCCCUCAAAUUGCACCCUUCUCUGCACAGGCAACUUGUCUACGCCUCCCAGUCUCCCACCGCCUGCCUCCCUCGGGCCACUUACACCCCACGGAUACACGGCUUCCUUUCGGUGUUUGGAGCCUCGGGGGAGAUUCAAGGUGGAGUGGACAAUGGAUUCGAGGCUUGCCCCAAGCUUCUCAACGAGUCGCCGUCUUUCCAAAAAGGCCCCUGCAUGGUCGUUAGUUGGAAUUUCUAUGUUCAUUCCCUAAGCUCUGAGAGAUGGGGAGGACCACGUUGA